CGGAUCAUUAGUGUAGUCACAAGCCCAAACAUGGUUACCCAUUCAGCCAAUCCAAAUUCAACAACCAAAAAGGAUACAUUACUUUAUAUUGAGGAGAAGAUGGGCAAAAAGUUGCAAGGUUGGAAACAACGUACCCUGCCCAAAGCAGCUAAGGACACUCUAAUUAGAACCUCAACCACUAAUAUACCAGUUCAUGGUAUGAUGUGCUUUAAGUUCCCAGUUGAUACGUGUAGACGUUUAAAUGGCCUCUUGGCAAGGUUUUGGUGGGGUUAUGCUACUAAUUUUGUUCAUCUAAUCCACUGGGUGUCAUGGAAAGGUCUCGCCCAAAGUAAGUUUCAUGGAGGAUUAGGCUUCAGGGACUUUAGGGCUUUUAAUCAAGCUCUAUUAGCCAAGCUAUGUUGGCGUAUUUGGUCAAACCCUAAUUCUCUCAUUAGUCGAUUAUAUAAAGGAAGAUAUUUCAAUGAAAAUACAAUUUUGAAAGCAACCAUUGGCUCUAAUCCAUCUUGGGGUUGGAGAAGUAUUCUCUAUGGGCGAGAGCUACUCGUGCAAGGCUUAUGAUGGCAAGUAGGUGAUGGAAACAACAUAGAAGCAUUCAAAGAUAAUUGGUUAUUAGCAGAUAAGCCAUGCCCUCCUGAGCUUAGGCGGCAAGAGGAUAAUUUCAACCCAAGGGUUUCCUUUUUCAUCAGAGAAGGCCUACGGGAAUGACAUAUCCCUAGAUUAAGGCAUUGGCUCAAAGAAAAGUCAGUUGACCUCAUUCGUACUAUGGUAGUUCCCAUACUACCACAACAAGACAAGUUAAUCUGGCACUUUACCAAAAAUGGAACUUAUUCGGUAAAAGCAGGAUAUCAUCUUGCCUUGGAUAAUAUUUUAACGCUUAGCCAAAAAUUGAUGGCCUCCAUCAUUGACCCUCCUAUAUGGAAAGGAAUGUGGGCACUUGACGUCCCACCAAAGCUCAAGUUCUUUAUAUGGCAAUGUCUGAAAGUUAUUUUGCCAACUAUGACGGCUCUUAGGUCCCGGGGAAUUAACUGUCAAGUUCGUUGUCCAGUUUGUUGGGAUAGUCAAGAGAGUAUUGAACACCUCUUUUUCUAUUGUCCUCCUGCUCUUCACCUCUGGAAUAUGGUGGGAUUAAGCAGUUUAAUUCUCUCCGCCCCAAUUGAAAACUUCGGUAUUUGGUGGCGACAUGUUAUGAACUCGGAAAACUUCCAAAUCCACUAUCUCCCCUGCAUUUGCCUUCCAUGGAGAAUUUGGAAAUCUAGAAAUAAAGUGGUCUUUGAAUUUACUCAACCACUAGCCAGCUCGCUUGCCCGUCAAAUUUUCUUCCAAGUUCAAGAAUAUUCCUCAGUUUCUCCCCACCCCCAGAUCCUUUCUCCCCGCCCCCAGCCCUCUCGACUCUCCAGUUGGGUUGGUCCUCCUGAAGGUUUUAUCAAGAUCAAUUUCGAUGCCGCUGUUCGUGUUCCGGGUUGCUCGUCAGGACUCGUCGUUCGAGGAUCGGAUGGGCAAGUCUUUUUGGCCUUGGGAUUCCACCAUCCAGGAGUUUCAAAUCCCUAUCUUGCAGAACUGCUGUCCGCCAGGGACGCCAUCUCUUUACUUCAUUCUCGCAGUAUUCCCCUCGCCAUCAUCGAAGGUGAUUCAGAAGUAGUUAUCCGGUAACUUGAUGGUAGAUGCUGUGAAGACUCGGUGGGCGGGCCCUUACUUCGUGAUUGUAUUCAGUUAUUGAGCUCAUGUUCUUCUUGUAUUCGCUUUAGCUCGGUCCCGAGGACUGUCAACUGGGCUGCCCAUAGAAUGGCAAGACAAGCCCUGCUGUUGUCCCCUGUAGAGAUAGCGUCCUUCGAUUUUGUAGGGUGGCUUCAUUAUUUGUCUUUUUGGGGUUUUGGGUAGAGGAUUUAACUAUUGUACUUUGACAUUACUUGGAAAAAAAAAUCCAAAUUUUCACCGCAAAUUAAAUUCUCCUUAGAUCCGCCGAGGGGAAGAUUCCAACAAUGGAACUUGGCUGCCAUGUGCUAGCCUUUUUUUUUUUUUUAAUAAAACCACAUAAUUAAGUUUUUAUUAAAUUUGGGCCAGGUACUAACCUUAAUCACUAAAAACUUGGAAUUCCAAAACCGAUAAUGAAAAUGACCAAUUAAACAUACCAAUAAAAUGAGGUGGUCCACAUAAUUAAGGAUUUAAUCGGCCCAUUAUCCACCAAUAAAGAUGGUUUAAUAGCCCACAAAGGCUUUAACGGCUUCUUCAAUCUCCAUGGGCGGCCAGAUCUUCGAUCAUUUCUUCAUCAAUGUCAUUGUCUUCUUUCCUCCACGUACUUGGAGCUGCUUUUACACGCAACGCUGCUCGUCCAUGAAUGUAAGUAGAUUAUCAUUAUCCAACUUAGUUAGUAAAUAUUCAAUUUAAUACGCGUAUAUAUUGAUGUACGUAUGUUGACACCUCUUGUAUUAAACACGUUUAAUAUUCAUAUUUAUUGAAUGAAAUUGAUAACUAAGC